UUCUUCAGAUAUCGAUUGGACAAGCAUCAACACAGGUAUAAAUAGGAUAAAUAUGAAAACAUUACUCAGUGCAGCCGUACUUCUAGCAGUGUUAGCGUGCUUUAUUGAAGGCCAAGCUACAAAACCGCAUAUUUUGCUUGUGAUAGCUGAUGAUUUUGGUUACAACGACAUCGGGUAUCAUGGCUCGGAGAUUAAAACUCCGAAUUUGGAUAAACUUGCUGGGGAGGGGAUCAAACUGGAGAAUUAUUACGUGCAGCCAAUCUGUACGCCUACCAGAAGUCAACUAAUGUCUGGACGUUAUCAGAUACAUACUGGCCUUCAGCAUGGCGUGAUCUUUCCUCCCCAACCUAACGGAUUACCCCUAGACAGCCCGAUACUACCAGAAAAGCUCAAAGAAGCCGGGUAUGCAACUCACGCGGUGGGGAAAUGGCAUCUGGGAUUUUAUAAAAAGGAAUAUCUCCCGACAAGCAGAGGGUUCGACUCUUACUUUGGGUACCUGUCAGGGGCCGAGGACUACUUCACACACGAGCGAUGUUUUGGGAAAAUGUGUGGUACAGAUUUACACGAUAAUACAAACCCAGCUAGCUAUUCCGGACAGUACUCAGCUCAGUUAUUUUCUCACAGAGCAGCCGAUGUUGUCAAAAAUCACAAUACAAAUCAGCCUCUUUUCCUGUAUCUCCCAUUCCAAUCCGUACAUGCCCCGCUACAAGUACCAGAGCAAUACACAAAGCCCUACAUGCAUAUAAAGGACGUACAAAGAAGAACAUAUGCCGGUAUGGUGUCUGUUAUGGACGAGGCUGUAGGAAACCUUACGGAGGUUCUGAAACAGAAAGGGAUGUGGGAUAAUACUCUAAUGGUGUUUUCAACAGAUAAUGGGGGACAAAUUCAUGCAGGAGGGAAUAACUAUCCCCUGAGAGGAUGGAAAAACUCUCUCUGGGAAGGAGGUGUUCAUGGAGUAGGGUUUGUUCAUGGUCAGAUGUUGAAGAGGAAAGGAAUCGUUUCACGAGACCUAAUCCACGUCUCAGACUGGUUUCCCACACUUGUGUCAAUGGUCGGCGGUAAUCUAAAUGGAACACAACCAUUGGAUGGAGUAGAUCAAUGGAGAACCAUAAACGAUGGUUCAACGCCCAGUCAAAGGAAAUCAAUAUUACACAACAUAGACCCACUUUACCCACCAGUGGGCCAAAGGCUGCUUUCAAGCCCAUUUGACAAUAGAAUACGGGCGGCUGUUCGAAUGGGAGACUGGAAGCUCAUCACGGGUUUUCCUGGAAAUGGAAGUUGGGUUCCACCACCUCAUAUGAAAUCUCAAGAGAUGCCAAAAAUAAAGAAUGAAGCUGAGAAGAACAUUUGGUUGUUCAAUAUCACAGAAGAUCCUAAUGAACACAACGAUGUUUCUAGUACUAUGCAACACGUGGUGAUGAAUAUGUUGGAACUACUAGCCCAGUAUAACAAGACAGCGGUACCCUGUCGGUACCCUAACAUAGACCCUAGAGCUGAUCCCAAAUACCACGGGGGAUACUGGGGCCCCUGGGAGUAAAUGUUUCACAGAACAUCGAUAUCUGAAACGACAAAACAAAGCCAGCUCUCAGCACCAUCGAAAUUAUGUGGAUGACUUUUAUAAGUACAUUUGAUUUACAACUAGAUUUUAUAUUGUGAAUAAAAAACCUUGAAAAGA